CUCUCCCCGGCACUGGGCUCUUCCUGCCGCGGGGACAGUGCUCCAGUAGCACUGACAGACCAACCGACAGAAGGGGAGGUGAGAAGGGAGGUGGCCACCAGGACUGGCUCCGUGAGCACCAGAGUGGGGAGGGGGUGGGGCCAUCAUGUCAUCGUAUCAGAAGGAACUGGAGAAAUACAGAGACAUAGAUGAAGAUGAGAUUCUAAAGACCUUGAGCCCCGAGGAGCUGGAGCAGCUGGACUGCGAGCUACAGGAGAUGGACCCCGAGAACAUGCUCCUGCCCGCUGGACUAAGACAACGUGACCAGACAAAGAAGAGCCCAACGGGGCCACUGGACCGGGAUGCCCUUUUGCAGUAUCUGGAACAGCAGGCACUAGAGGUCAAAGAACGUGAUGACUUGGUGCCCUUCACAGGCGAGAAGAAGGGGAAACCCUACAUUCAGCCCAAGAGGGAAAUUCCUGCACAGGAGCAGAUCACUCUGGAGCCUGAACUGGAAGAGGCAUUGGCCCAUGCCACAGACGCCGAAAUGUGUGAUAUUGCAGCAAUUCUGGGCAUGUACACACUAAUGAGCAACAAGCAAUACUAUGACGCCAUCUGCAGCGGAGAAAUCUGCAACACCGAAGGCAUUAGCAGUGUGGUGCAGCCUGACAAGUACAAGCCGGUGCCAGAUGAGCCCCCAAAUCCCACAAACAUUGAGGAGAUACUAAAGAGUGUUCGAAACAAUGACAAGGAGCUGGAGGAGGUGAACCUCAAUAACAUACAGGACAUCCCGAUACCCAUGCUAACUGAGUUGUGUGAGGCCAUGAAGACAAAUACCUAUGUCCGGAGCCUCAGUCUGGUGGCCACAAGGAGUGGUGACCCCAUUGCCAAUGCGGUGGCUGACAUGUUGCGUGAGAAUCGUAGCCUCCAGAGCCUGAACAUUGAAUCCAACUUCAUUAGCAGCACAGGGCUCAUGGCUGUGCUGAAGGCAGUUCGGGAAAAUGCCACACUCACUGAGCUCCGUGUAGACAACCAGCGCCAGUGGCCUGGCGAUGCAGUGGAGAUGGAGAUGGCCACCGUGCUCGAGCAGUGUCCCUCCAUUGUCCGCUUUGGCUACCACUUCACACAGCAGGGGCCACGUGCUCGGGCAGCCCAGGCCAUGACCCGGAACAAUGAACUACGUCGCCAGCAAAAAAAGAGAUAACACUUCCUUUCCCUUUACCAACCAGAGCUGGAAGCCCUGAAUGCUUAAAUCCUCAUCUCUCCCCCUUCCUGUAAAUAAAGGCCCUUCUGUCCACUC